AUGUUUUAGGAUUUUGAUUCGAUGUCUAAUAGGAUGAUGCAACAAAUGGAUAACCAAUUGGCUAGUCUAGGUUUUGGAUCAAUUUUUAGAGGCUUUGGAGAUUUAGAAAAUGAGAUGAUGGAAUUCUCGAAUCUCCAUAAACAUAUGAAAAACUUAAAUUAAAUGGAUGUUAAUAAUCAUGCAAAGGAUGGUGUAUUUUAAGUUUAUUCAUCCAGCUAUGUUCAAUCAUCAAAAUUAGGUCCUGAUGGAAAAAUCAUUCAAGAAAAAUACUUCGAUAAUAAUGCUGUUGCAAGAGGAGCCAAUGGGCAUACAAUAAGUGAAAGACAACAAGGUUACAAAAAUAGUGAUGGAAUAGAUAGAUUUGCGCAUGAAAGAAUGAUGAACGAUAAAGGAAAAAAACAUAUCAGAGAAAGAGAUAGAACUGGCUAAAUAACUACGACUAACCAUUAUAUGAAUGUUGAGGAGGAUCAAGUGGAUUAAUUUGAAAAUUAAUGGAUGGGAGUGGGAAAGAAUAUGGGAAUUAAUUAAUUGUCUGGAGGUCUAAAAGCAUUACAGGAACAAUAAAAACACACAGAUUUUAAUAAUCGUCCAUUUCAAAAACAUGAAAUUACCUCAAACAUGUUAGGUAAAAACUCUACUAGUUAUAAUAACAAUCCAACCAGAUAGGCAUUGCAAUAAUCAAAUUAAUAACCAGGAAUUAAAAGCAAAGUUCCACAAUCUCAUUAGCCAAUGAAGGCACUUCCUCCUGGAAAAUAAGAAUUUACAGGAGUUUACUAAAAAAAGGGUGUUAAAAAUUAAUAUCCUUAAGCUGGAUGA